CGAGAGAGUAACUGUAUUAGCAGCAGCAACAGCACUAGCAGGAGGGAAUGGAGUAAGAACAGGCAUAACUCACUUACUGAACAGCACUAAAGCUACAGAAUACACAUCCUAGAUCCCUGCGAGCAAGGCCGAGACGAGUGCUGAUGGUGACCAUGAAGCCCAGAAUAAGUGCAGCCUGGAUCCACAGCGCUGUGCCGAACACACACUCUUGAACCUUCGAAGAUCAGGACGAAAUGAGAUAAACACUGGAUGAUUGGAGUCUCAGCAUGGCAGGACUGCAGCUGGUGACCCCUGCCUCCUCUCCCAUGGGGCCUUUCUUCGGCCUGCCGUGGCAGCAGGAAGCUAUCCACGACAACAUAUACACACCAAGAAAAUAUCAGGUUGAACUUCUCGAAGCAGCUCUUGAACACAACACUAUAGUCUGCUUAAACACAGGCUCAGGGAAGACGUUUAUCGCAGUACUUCUUAUUAAAGAGCUCUCCCACCAAAUCCGCCAGGAGGAUGGGAGGAGGACCGUGUUCCUGGUCAAUACAGCUUCAUCUGUGGUUCAGCAAGCCUCCACUGUGAGAACCCAUUCGGAUCUUCGGGUUGGGGAAUAUAUAGAGAACUCGGCGUCAUGGACGGAGGACAGUUGGAAGGAAGAGAUAAAGGAAAAUCAGGUGCUCGUUAUGACCUGCAACAUCUUCCUGCACAUGCUGAGGUUCGGGGUCUUGCCACUAUCACGGAUCAACCUGGUCAUUUUCGACGAGUGCCACCUUGCAAUCACGGACCAUCCCUAUCGGGACAUAAUGAAGAAAUGUGAGGACAGUCCCGGAUGCCCACGUAUCCUCGGUCUGACCGCUUCCAUUCUGAAUGGCAAAUGUGACCCAUCUGACCUUGAGGAGAAGAUCCAGAACCUGGAGAAGAUUCUCAGGAGCAACGCCGAAACUGCCACUGAUCUUGUCGUACUGGACAGGUACGCGACCCAGCCUCGGGAGGUGGUGCUGGACUGCGGCCCUUACCAGGAUAACAGUGGCUUGUCUGAGAGGCUCCUAAGCGAGCUGGAUGACGCUCUUCAUUUUCUCAACGACUAUAAUUUAUCUGCACACCGGGAGGACCGGGACCCCACCUACAUCUCCAAACAGGUUCUGAGUGACUGCAGGGCGGUUCUGACCGUGCUCGGCCCCUGGUGCGCGGAUAAAGCCGCCGGGAUCAUGGUGCGUGAGCUACAGAAGUAUAUCAAGCACGAGCAGGCAGAGUUAAACCGCAAGUUCCUGCUCUUUGCCGACACCAUCCUGAGGAAACUGCACGCUCUCUGCGAGGAGCAUUUCUCCCCGGCGUCGCUCGACCUCAAGUUCGUCACUCCCAAAGUGAUCAAGCUGCUCGAGAUCCUUCACGAGUAUAAACCCUUCGAGAGGCAGCAGUUCGAGAGUGUCGAGUGGUACAACAACCGCAAUCAGGACAACUACGUCUCAUGGAGUGACUCUGAAGAUGAGGACGAAGACGAGGAGGUCGAGGUGAAGGAAAAGGCAGAGGCCAACUUCCCUUCGCCGUUCACCAACAUUCUUUGCGGCAUCAUCUUCGUGGAAAGGCGUUACACGGCGGUCGUUUUAAAUAGGCUUAUAAAGGAGGCAGGGAAGCAGGAUCCAGAGCUUGCUUACAUUAGCAGCAACUUCAUCACCGGCCACAGCAUUGGUAAGAACCAGCCACGCAACAAGCAGAUGGAAGUGGAGUUUAGAAAACAAGAAGAAGUUUUGAGGAAGUUCCGUGCACAUGAAACCAACUUGCUAAUUGCCACCAGCAUCGUAGAGGAAGGUGUGGAUAUCCCCAAAUGCAAUCUGGUGGUCCGGUUUGACUUGCCCACAGAGUAUCGGUCCUACGUUCAGUCCAAAGGUCGGGCGCGCGCUCCUGUCUCCAAUUACAUCAUGCUCGCCGACAGCGAACGCACCAAAGCGUUCGAAGAGGACCUCAAGACUUAUAAGGCCAUUGAGAAGAUCCUCAGGAACAAGUGUUCCAAGUCUGCGGAGUGUAACGAGUAUGAGGUGGAGUCCAUACUAGAUGAUGACAACAUCCUCCCUCCAUACUCGCUGCGGGCUGAAGAUGGAGGCCCCAGAGUCACCAUCAACACGGCUAUCGGCCAUGUUAACCGCUAUUGUGCAAGACUUCCCAGUGACCCUUUCACACACCUGGCCCCGAAGUGCAAGACUGUCGAGCCGAAAACGGGUGUGUAUCAGUCCACACUCUUUCUCCCAAUCAACUCACCCCUCAGGGAGCCCAUUACUGGGCCCCCAAUGCACUGCGCGAGACUUGCAGAGAAAGCUGUUGCACUUGUUUGUUGUGAGAAGCUACACAAAAUAGGUGAGCUGGAUGACCAUUUAAUGCCAGUGGGAAAGGAGACGGUUAAAUAUGAAGAGGAGCUGGACUUGCAUGAUGAAGAGGAAACCAGUGUCCCAGGCAGACCAGGCUCCACUAAGAGAAGACAGUGCUACCCCAAAGCCAUCCCAGAAUGCCUGCGAGGCAGCUACCCUGUACCCGAGCAGUCUUACUACCUGUACGUGAUCGGGAUGGUUCUGACCACGCCCCUUCCAGACGAACUCAACUUCCGCCGGAGAAAGCUGUACCCUCCUGAGGACACCACCAGAUGCUUUGGCAUUCUCACAGCUAAACCAAUACCUCGUAUUCCUCAUUUCCCUGUGUAUACCCGCUCCGGCGAAGUCACCAUCUCCAUAGAGCUGCUGAAGUCGGGCUUCUCUCUGAGCUCAUCCCAGCUGGAGCUCAUCACUCGCCUGCACCAGUACAUCUUCUCUCACAUCCUCCGCCUGGAGAAACCUGCACUGGAGUUCAGGCCCACCGAGGCCGACUCGGCUUACUGCGUUCUACCUCUCAACGUGGUUGGAGAUUCCAGUACUUUGGAUAUGGACUUCAAGUUCAUGGAGGAUAUUGAGAAAUCUGAAGCACGAAUUGGCAUUCCGAAUACUCAGUACACGAAGCAGAACCCAUUUACCUUCAGACUGGAGGACUACCAGGACGCUGUCAUCAUUCCAAGGUAUCGUAAUUUUGACCAGCCUCAUCGCUUCUACGUAGCUGACGUAUACACGGACCUCACGCCUCUCAGUAAAUUCCCCUCACCAGAGUAUGAGACGUUUGCCGAAUACUACAAAACCAAGUACAACCUGGACCUGUCCAACGUCAACCAGCCUCUUUUAGACGUGGACCACACAUCCUCCAGACUGAACCUUUUAACCCCUCGGCACCUGAAUCAAAAAGGCAAAGCUCUCCCUCUCAGCAGCGCUGAGAAGCGGAAGGCCAAGUGGGAGAGCUUGCAAAACAAACAGAUUUUAGUUCCUGAACUGUGUGCCAUUCACCCGAUCCCUGCUUCUCUGUGGAGAAAAGCCGUGUGCCUUCCCAGCAUCCUCUACAGGCUACACUGCCUCCUGACAGCCGAGGAACUUAGGGCUCAGACGGCCAUCGAUGCCGGAGUGGGGGCUCAGAGCCUGCCACCUGGCUUCAGGUAUUCCAAUCUAGACUUUGGAUGGAAGAAAUCCAUCGACAGCAAGUCAUUCAUUUCCUGUCCCAGCACCUGCACAGAGGAUAAUGAUGACGAUGACGACGAUGGUGAUGACGAUCACUGUAAGCACGCUGCAAGCUCAGCAGCCCCGGAUCACACUGCCCAGGAGGACCUCAGCACCGGCUCACCCGAGCCCAGAGAGGGCAAAGUCUCGCAGGAGAACUGCAACGCACCAGAUAUAAAGCUAGAGACGUGUGUGCACAGAGCCCAGCUAUUAGAAGAACACAGGAGCAUGUGUGAAUGCUCCAGGAACCUCAGCAAUGGCCAUGAUGUUUGCCUAAACUGCCAGCUAGCGAGUGACGUAUCGACACAAACCACUACCUCAGUUCCGAGCGGCGAGCCCCAGGACGGCCAUGAAUGUAAUCCAGAUGAGAAAUCAGAUUUCUACGAUGGACGUGUGAAGAAACCUACCUCAGAGCGUUGGCUCGCUUGUGGAACGCCAACCAGCACCGAAGCACCUUCAACCGCGUUGUCGUCGUCUCUUUCAGCACCUGUAGCUCUACCCGGGGACUGUGUGAAAGCCCUGGGCCCGAACCCAGGUCUCAUCCUGCAGGCUUUGACCCUCUCCAACGCUAGCGAUGGGUUUAAUCUAGAGCGUUUGGAGAUGCUGGGUGACUCUUUCCUCAAACACGCCAUCACCACCUACCUGUUCUGCACUUAUCCCGAUGCCCACGAGGGACGGCUCUCGUACAUGAGGAGCAAGAAGGUCAGUAACUGUAACCUGUACCGCCUGGGGAAGAAGAAAGGUCUGCCCAGUCGGAUGGUGGUGUCUAUCUUCGAUCCGCCUGUGAACUGGCUUCCUCCGGGCUACGUGGUGAACCAGGACAAGAGCACCACUGACAAGUGGGACUCGGAUGAGGCAAAAGAAGACAUGGCUAACGGAAAGGCCACCAAGGACGACUUUGACGACGAGGACGACGUAGACGAUGACGAGGACCUGAUGUGGAAGGAAACCAAGGACGAGGUGAACGUCGAAGACGACUUGGAGUAUUACCACGAGCACAUCAAGUUCAUCGACACCAUGCUAAUCGGCUCUGGCGCCUUCGGGAAGAAGUUCCCCCUCGGCGUCUUCCCUCCUGAACCCAGCUGCGAUUGGAAGGCACCCAAGAAGCCCAUGUUCUCUUCGGACGGCGGCCAUGACGACUUUGACUACAGCUCCUGGGACGCCAUGUGCUACCUGGACCCGAGCAAGGCGGCCGAAGAGGACGAGUUUGUCGUGGGUUUCUGGAACCCGGCCGAGGAGAGCUGCGGCACUCAAACGGCCAAGCAGUGCAUCUCGUACGACCUGCACACGGAGCAGUGCAUCGCAGACAAGAGCAUCGCUGACUGUGUGGAGGCCCUGCUCGGCUGCUACCUGACCAGCUGCGGGGAGAGAGCCGCCCAGAUGUUCCUCUGCUCGCUCGGCCUCAAGGUGCUGCCUGUGAAGAAGAGGAUAAAGAUGAAGAUAUGCGACAGAGAUGAUGAUGGGGAUGACACCAGCAGAGAACGCGUCGGAGAAGACGAGUACGGCUGGCUGCAGAUCCCAGCACGCUGCAUGUUCGAGCACCCGGACGCACAGCGCACUCUCGACCACUUGAUCUCGGGUUUUGAGAACUUCGAGAAGAAAAUCAACUACGUGUUCAAAAACAAGGCCUACCUCCUGCAGGCCUUCACACACGCCUCAUAUCAUUAUAACACCAUCACAGAUUGUUACCAGCGGCUGGAGUUCCUGGGUGAUGCGAUUUUAGACUACCUCAUAACGAAGCACCUUUACGAAGACCCCCGGCAGCACUCUCCCGGCGUCUUGACCGAUCUGCGCUCUGCACUCGUCAACAACACCAUAUUCGCUUCACUCGCCGUCAAAUACGACUACCACAAAUAUUUCAAAGCCAUCUCACCCGAGCUGUUCCACGUCAUCGACGAUUUUGUGCAAUUUCAGCUGGAAAAGAACGAAAUGCAAGGAAUGGACUCUGAGCUGCGCCGAUCCGAAGAAGACGAAGAGAAAGAGGAGGAUAUUGAAGUCCCCAAAGCAAUGGGGGACAUCUUCGAAUCACUAGCCGGGGCAAUUUACAUGGAUAGCAAGAUGUCACUCGAGACCGUUUGGCAAGUGUAUUAUCCAAUGAUGAGGCCGCUGAUAGAGAAAUUUUCCGCCAACGUCCCACGCUCGCCCGUGCGAGAGCUACUGGAGAUGGAACCCGAGACUGCCAAAUUCAGUCCGGCUGAGAGGACGUAUGACGGAAAAGUCCGCGUGACCGUGGAGGUGGUGGGAAAAGGAAAGUUUAAAGGAGUCGGACGGAGCUAUCGCAUCGCUAAAUCAGCAGCGGCACGGCGCGCCCUGCGCAGCCUCAAAGCCAAUCAACCUCAGGUCCAGAACAGCUGAGCUACAACACACACACACACACACAGACAAAUACACACCGGCCCUCUGCGACACGCCGAAGCCUCUUCGCGGGCCGUCUUCAUCGUGUGUCCUCGACUAAGAGAAACUACCAUCAACAUACGCCGAGGCUUCAAACUGAAUUCAUGGGUUUCAUUGUUUUGUUGUUGUUGUUGUUGUUUUUCCUUUUGCGCAAACACAAUCUUUACCUUUUUAUUUCCUCCAGGCUGUUUGAUCACAAGACUGCUUUAUUCUGCAAGUGUUAAAGGUCAGGUGUCUGCUCUUUGUCCUUUUUUUUUUUUUUGUAUGAUUAUUUUAAAGAAAAUCUCUUUGCUCGGUUUUGUCGCUAGUGCGCAAAUCAGCUUACGCUUUAGAGUAGUGUUCGACUGUAUAUAGUUCCAACGAAAGCUAUACAUUUAAGUGAGAGAAACGCUAAACUCCUCAGCCUGUGCACUAGUGCCAGUUUUUUUUUUUUUUUUGGAACGUUGAUGGAGAGAGCACGAGAGAGAGAGAGAGAGAGAGGGUGACGUUUUCCUUGGUCUUGAGACGCUGUCCUUAAUCUUCAUUGCACUUAUUUCGUUCUGUUUUUCGCUCAGUCGCGAACAUUUCGUCGGAUCGGCACCGUAGCGUUGCGUUGUUUUUAGAAAGAAAGACCCUCCUUUAACAUUCCCACUUACUGUAAUUCAGCAGGAGCGAACACGUUAAUGCUGAGGACGGUGUCUGAACUGCAUGUGCACAGUGCUAAGUAGUUGCCCUUCACUUUCAGCCACUGUCAGGGGCAUUAACGUGUCUGAUCUUUUUCCUUUACAAGCACGAUGCAUGUUUUCAUAGCUGUGUAGACCAACAGGACGGUUCUAUGAAAUAAUACUAUUUAUAGAGCUGCCGAUAUAAACCAUUAUAUACAGAGAACAAUAUUAAGUGUUUAUUACUGUGUCUGGUUUCUGGGUUUCAGGAACCUUUUUUUUUUUUUUUUUUUUUUUUUUUGAUACCAGGAACUUAUUGUUAUUAUUAUUAUUUUUUUGGUUUAGUUGGACGAUCAUCGCGAGGAUUGGACGUCUCUCAGUCGAGUGCUUUUGGAAUUUUAAUGUUGGAACACAAAAAUGACAUAUCACUCGGGAAAAUAUGCUGCAGAUUUUGUAAAGAAAAGAGAAAAAAAAAUAUAUUCAAACAAGAUCGGCUACUUCUGUAAGACACAGAGCACCUUUUACGUACCGAUAUUGUAAAUCAUAUCCAUUCACCUCACCAAAGUCAGUAGUGAUGCGAAGCGAUGCCGCGUCAGUGAACUCGAUCCUCCGUGAUUUCACUCGCCUCGAGACGUGGAAACCAGCCUUUAGUUUCAUUCUCGUCGUCUCGCGUAUUUGUCUUCAUUAUUAAUAGGCAUUUAAUUUUUUUUUUUUUUUUUUUUUACUCGAAUACCUCAGUUAAUUGCAUGCAUUUUCUUUUCUCUUUUUUUUUUUUUUUCGGUGCUAUGUUUUAUUAUCAUUAUUAUUAUUAUUAUUAUUAUAUUAUUAUUAAGCUUGAAUUUCUCAUCUUUUUUUGCACUGUAACUAUAAUACCUCUUUAUUUGACCUAAAUCGUGGGUUUGCUCGUUUUUUUUUUUUUUUUUUUUUUUGGCAGCAGACAAGUUUUAGAGGUCGGCUUCAUCAUUUCCCCCACCCACAAUUAUUAUUAUUAUUAUUAUUAUUAUUAUUAUUAUAUAUUUUUGCUUAGAAAUUUAGGCAGACAUUUUCUUCACAUAAUUACCCCACCCCCCUUUCUUCUUUUCCGUAAUUUCCUCACAUAAGCAUCAGCUCAGUGCCUCCGUGUGGAGAGGGUUGCUUAACGCUUGUGGAAAUCAACAGAUUGCACUCUAAUCUGCUUCCUUAACACGUAUAAGCCAUGUUUUUUCCCCUCCUUUCCCUGUCCUAAGUCUUACCUUUCCGCGCAUUUUCACUCGUUUACUUUUGCUUAACGGUGGAGAGAGAGAGAAUAAAAAAUAGGAGAUACCCGUGUUCAUCAUGCAAACCCCAGAAAUCGAUCUCUAGGCUAUAAUUAGUCCUUGCAGUGAAUUAUUAUUAUUAUUAUUAUUAUUUUGUUCAUUUCCAUGUCGCAUGAAGACAUGUCUUAACUACCUGACUGAGUGAAGAGGAUGGCUGUGAUGCCUGUUCGGUACCUCCCGUUCUGCGCUCUGCUGUUUUUUCUUUUGUUAAAGAAGCACGGCUGGAAUUAUGAAGCUGAAGUGAAAUCUCGCAGGUGACGCUACCUCACAAACACCCUGUUCGAGAAAGAGAAAGGAAAAACAUAGCAAGGUUGGUUUGUAGAUAGAGCUGUAAUCUUUCAGAAGGUGGUCGUUAUCCGCUCCUGUACUCUUCUGUGCACCUUAGACGGGGAUGCUCGUACACACACUACAGUUUGCACUAGACUCCAUUCCCAUUUAUUAUUUUUGUCUUUUCUAAAUAAGAUGCCCAUCAAUGGUGCCUUUUUGUCUUUCUAGAAUACCUGAUGUACCAUCUCCGACGUAUAACGAUAUCUUCUAAUUGUAGCGAGCAGGUGCCAUCAAGCUUUAUGUUUUGGCCCCAUAGACAUGCGUGUCACUGCCUUGGCCUCGACCUUCGAACGCUCCUCCGAGUGCAAUCUUUUCUUUUUUAUUAUUUUUUUUGAGCAAGAGUUCAGCGACCCUGCAUGCUUUUUUUUUUUUUUUUUAACGGCUUUCCACACAGGAUCGAACGGUCGGCUCGGGAGGAAGAGGGGGAAAAAGGCGGAGGGGCUUAAAGGAAUAGUUUGGUUAAUAAAAAUCCAAUGAAUAAUACCCGUUAUUUUCCUCACAAAUGUAGCUCGGCAGCUUCGGUGUCUGUGUAUUUGAGAAGAAAUUGAAUCAUCUAUUCAGAUUGGUCAGAAAAUGCUGAUUUAAUUUCCUUUAUUCUGAAGUUUAAAUCGCUUUGCUGAUGUAGAUGUUACACAUAUCCACGUUUUUUUUUUUUUUUAAAGUAAGUAAAUAAAUAAAUAAACAUGUAAUUGUGAUGAAGUGAGUUUCCGGUGUCUGUGGUAAAACUCCAUGAAUGAGGACAGAGCGAGAGAGAGGCAGGUGAGGGGAAACGUUUAUAGUAGAUAUAAUAUCAGUGAUGGUGAUUCUGCAGCCAUUCCACAUCAUUUAAUAAACUGAGAAUAAAGAAAUAAAAUGGAGUAGGCCGCUUCAGGAAUUGCUGUUACACAAUGAGGUUUUGGAUAUUUUUAUAGUGGACAGGAUCAUAUCAAGCAGUUGGAAGAAGUGGACGUGGUUUGGGCGUGGCUCGAGGGAAAGGUUUGCCAUGUAUUAGAUGAUCAUCUUGGCAACAUGGCUCACCUACAUUUGGAGUGAAAAUACCAAACUAUUCCUCUAUAAAACUCUAACAUUUUAUUGUCCUCAGCUCUCACUUUCCAGCAGCUCACCCUUUUCUUUAUUUCUACAUCAGAUUAGUUAGUGAAGCUCUUCUGUAACACAAUGUGAAAUGGUUCAUAUGGUGCCACACCCACUUCGAUGACAUCAUCCCAGCUAGAGAUUGAGCACACGAGCUAGAUCUGCUCCCACUGCUUAGAGAAUGGUGUAAAUUUUGUGUCUUUUUUUUUUCUUUUCUCCCCCCACGUUGUCAGAAGGGAGUUUGGACGUCCAUCGUACUGCAGAGACUGCGAUUUGUUUCUCUUCCUGACUCAAAAGGGUUGUCUUUUUUUUUAUUUUUAUUUUAUUUUUUUAUUUUUUUGUACAUGUAGCACAAAUGAGCAUUGCACUUGGGCGCCAUACCUUACCUCAUGUCAGAAAGAGAAAAAGAAAUGUGUAUAUGAUACCAUUACAUAUAAAAAAAAAGAAAAUAAUAAAAAUUAAAUUGUGGUUUUGGCCUUUGCUGCUGUUCCACUGCUGGUAUUUUGCAAUUCUAUUUAAAAAUAAUAAUAAUAAUAAUAAUAAUAACAAUAAUGUGAUCAGAAAGAUAACAUACGUGCCUGCAGGAUAUCAUCGGAGAAUUACUGUAGAAGAUAAAGUUAAUCUCUCCAAUCUGGGACUAAAUGUACGUCCUGUGUAUACCUUCAUGUCCUGCCUUAAUGUAAUAUUGUCGAUAUUCAACUGUAAAUCGAUCGGUUCCUCCGACAGGCAUGUCUUGCAUUAAGUUUAGGCCCUUCCUGUUAGGUAGAUUUUAUAUUUAACAUAUCAUAGCUCCAGAUCAAGUAGUGCAUGUCGGUGAAGACGGCUCCCUUUUUAUUUUCCCCGUUUUUUUUUUUUUUUCUUUCUUUUUGUUUACCUCUUAUGUGAUUUUUUUUUUUUUUUUUUUUUUUUGUAAUUCAGCCCCUGAAUCCGUGAAAAAAACAAGGGCUCGAACAAGCAGUUGUCUACAUUUCAGUAUUUAACAUUUUGCUAGUCCGUGAAUUUUGUUUUGCCCUGAAAAAUAAUACAAAAAAAAUCAAAUGCACUCCUAUAUAUAUAUA